AAUUUACAAUAAAACAAGAGCAGUAAAUUACUGUCAGCAUCAUUUUGCUGUUGAUUAACAGUAAUUUGUAAUCAAAUGCAUUAAUUUCACUGUAAAUUUCCCGAUUACAGUAAUUUAUUGUAAAAUAAUACCCUUUAAUCCUGUAAAUUCCUGGCAAUUACAAUUUACAGUAGAUCUCAACCAUUUGAAAGAGUAAAUAAUAGACUAAAGAUUGCACCACAAACCACAAACUGCACUGUUUUUUUUAUCCAGAUGUCUAUUAAUGGAUUAAAUCAUUGUCUUUUAUAGGGUAAUUUAUGUGUUGCCAGGUUGAAAAACAACCAUUAUCCUUCUCUGCAAACAAGAUCAACUACACGACUUUAUCACGAUGAACAUCCCUGUGAAAGAGCGCAAACCGAAGAAGCCUCACUACGUCCCUCGUCCGGCCGGAAAGCCGUUCAGAUACCAGUGCUUCCAGUGUCCCUUCACCUGCAACCAGAAAUCCCACCUGUUCAACCACAUGAAGUACAACCUGUGCGACGUCUCCAUCUCCAUCAGCUCCAGACUCAGCAGACGCAGCUCCGCCAACCUCUCACCGCACGUGGAUGAAGACGCACCUUCAGAGGAGGACGUGGACGUCCCUGCAACACGUCCUGCGGAGAUCCAAGUGGAGUCUGAAGCGUCAGAUCCUCCAGCGGUGUCAUCGUCGGCGGACGAUUGUGAGGAAACGGCCUCGACCGUACGCAAACCAGAAGCGCUCCGUCCUCACAGUCCCGGGUCCGUCUGGAGGCCUCCGGUCUCGUUCACUCCCACCGAAAACAACAAGCCACACCUGCAGGAACGAACGGAGGACUUUGCGUACCAUCCGGGGUUUCAUUUACCUCUCCAUCCUCAUUAUAACCCUUACGUCUACGAGCCCGUCCCUCACCCUUACGUCCUGGACACUCGCGGACUGUUUCCACAGACGCUGUUCCCGGUGACGACACUGUCUCUGAUGCCGGAGGAGUAUUUCAGGUACUACUACACAAUCCCGGCUCCCAGCUACCAUCCGCCGUACUCAUUCCAGCCGGUGAUGGACGUCAGCUCUGCGUUUGCAGCACCGCCGCGGCACCUGUAUGACCCGUAUGCUGGGCUCGUAAUGAAUCUGAAGGGGAAGGAGGUUCAGGUGAGUCCGCAGACGGGACGCUCCGCUGCUGGAUCACCUGACAGACCUGACGGCUUUGAUCAUUCCCAGCAGCCACCACAUGGGAGGGAUGCAGUAACAGCCAGCCAAUCAGGAGAGAGGGGCGUGGCCACACAGCCACAAGAGGACAGGAGCCCCUUUGAGAGGUUAUCAGAGAUGGAGAGAGGGGGAAAUGACAGAUUUGAUGACGAUACUUUGGUCCCUCUCAAUCUCUCCAGAAGAGACAGUCCUCUGAACCUGUCAAUGAAGAUGUCUACAGCUCCAUCAGACAGCCAAUCACAGAGCUGCUUGAUGACUGAGGGGAUUAUGGGUGCUGUGACAUCACAAGAGGAUGAUCAUUUAUCAGUAGAGAAGACGGCCGCGUUUGCUCUCUGUCAGCUGGCCCAGUCCGGUGUUUCAGACCUCAGCAGAAACUCUCAUUCAAACAUCUCUCAUGAGCAAAUAACAAACCUUCCCACCUCGGCCCAGAGUCCUGCGUCUGAUCACAUGGAGCUCACGCAAACAGCUUCCACUUCUCCAGAUGUUAAAUCAGAUACAGAUGUAGAAUGCCCCGCCCCUUCCGCCGCUGAAGUCUCCGCCUCCUCGUCAGGUGAUGCCAGUCAAACACGGACAAAAAGACACGGAAAACGCAACAUGAAGAGAAAACAGACGAGCAGCAAACACAAUCUGAGGAAGAGAAUUCGCCGUCAGAAAAUCACCACAGAAUGAGACUCUUUUAUAUAACCAACUAUAUAACCAUCAUGUGAAGCACUGAAUCAUAUUUAUAUUUGUAAAACACUGCUUUUUUUGAUUGUUUCAUGAGGUUUUCAUGCUGACAUGUGUAAAAUAAAGACUCAAACUGGUUUGAAA